AUGACUUCAACGGGCAGUCUUGGGGCCCCUAGUGUUGAACGAAGCAGCAACAGCAGCAACAGCAGCAACAGCAGCAACAGCAGCAACAGCAGUAACAGCAGCAGCAGCAGUAGCUGCAGCACACAAGCUCGUUGUGGGGGCCCCUCUCUGAGUACUGGAGGUAGCGGUACACCUAUGGGGGUGGCCUCAGGGGGGGCCCCCGACUUCACGGGGGCCCCGUGUGAUACCCUUUUAUGCGGAAGGGAGAUGCUGCACCUUAUGCAGUUUACUGAUUCUGCAUUAACUGCUUCCUCGAGGGAGGGGCCCCCCAAUAAGAAGGGGGCCCCCUCGGAUAAUUCACGGGAAGGGUACAGUUCACAAGAAGACCAUGAAAGGGGGCCCCUCUCCCUACAUGCUGCUGCAGAUCUACACAACAAAAAUGGUACCCAAAUAAGCCUUGCAUGCAGGGGCCCCCCCUCAGCAGCAACAAUGCAUGCGCAGGGCAGCAGCAACAAAUUAAGAGGAGGGGCCCCCAUUUGGGGGCCCCCAGAUACUCCGUUAUACACUUGUUGUCUGCUGCAGCAACAAAGAAGGUGGGAAAAUGCCGUUCGACUGCAGCAGCAGCAGCAGCAGCAGCAUAUGCAACAGCAGCAGCAACAGAAGCACCAGCUGCAGCUGCAACUGCAGCAGCAGGGCCCCUCUAUUGAGGAGCAGAGGGCCUUUUUUGCUGCUUCUUCUUGGGGCCCCGAAGACUUCACGUUCAUAAGGACUGUAGGAACGGGGACAUUAGGUCGGGUGUUUAUAACCCGUUUGAAGGGUCGUGAGGCCCCCCUGAUGCAUGCGGAUGGUUUACGACUUUCCAAACAAGGACGCAUUUAUUUUUGUUGA